AGAAAGCCAUGUUUCAGGCAGUAGUCUUUAGCCAAAGAGUGCUUUAUCUCCCAAACUCCCGAGAAAAUGCGUGAGAGUGAUAGUGUUGUUGGCGCAUAUGAACAUCUCGAACUUCCAAGGUGUUCUCAUUUGAGACGUGAGGUGCGAGGAGUAGGGAGUUGCUGGAUUCUUGAACACAUCCACCAUCAUCAACAUUAACAUCCGUCCCACAACCAAUAGUGAUUCUUGGUGAACGACAUCCCCAUCCAAUAUGUUUCUGAUCCGAACCGGAGGAAAAGGCGGGAUUUGCUUUCAAAUCACGGUGAUCCUGGUCGCCCUUGUCUCGCUAACUCAUUCGCAACAGUAUUAUGAUGAUUCUAACCAACAAUACCAACAACAGCAGCAGCAACAACAACAGCAACAGCAAUAUCAACCACACCAGAAUGGUCAGCAGCAACGGCAACAACCUCAGGAUCCUUACCAACAGCAGGAGCAAUACUAUGAACAAGAACAACCUCAAGAUCCUUAUGCUCGCCAGGAUGGCUUCCAUGCUCAACCUCAUCAGCCUUUGGAUGACGAACCCAGCAUAAGAGGUUUCGGUCAAUUCCUCUAUGACAAGAUCAACGACGGUUUCACCAAUGUUAAAAAGCUGGUCCAACCGGUUUUGGGAUUCGGAAACCGGAGAGCCGACAUCAAUGAUCGCACCAAGGUCUUCUUUGACGUGGAGAUCAACGGUCAAUACUUGGGACGGAUCAACAUGGAAUUGUUCGACGAAGUCGUGCCCAAGACCACAGAAAAUUUCAGACAACUGGUCACAGGUGUGAAUGGUUAUGGUUACAAGGGUUCCAAGUUUCAUCGAGUCAUUCCCGGAUUCAUGAUCCAAGGUGGGGAUUUCACUGCUGGAGAUGGAACUGGCGGAUACUCAAUCUACGGACCCAGUUUUGAGGACGAGAACUUCCUCAUCAAGCACGGAUCCCCAGGCUUGUUGUCGAUGGCUAAUGCUGGUGAGGACACGAACGGAUCCCAAUUCUUCAUCACGACAGCCAAGACCGAUUGGUUGGACGACAAGCACGUGGUCUUUGGCCGAGUGGCCGACAAGAAGUCCUUUGAAGUGGUGGAGGAGAUCGAGAAGCACGGCUCAAGUCCGGAUGGUCAAACCGACGCCGAACUCGUGAUUGCCAACUCGGGCGAAUAUUAGAAUAUUGGAUUCAUCCUUCAAAGCACUUAAAACCGUAUAUAAUAGAUCAUAAAUUUGACAGCAGUAAACAGACUGAACAAA